GCCGGACGCAGCGGACUUCGACGGCUGGGCUGAGUCAGGUAGCCGCGACCUUGGCUACGGUGGCCCAGGAUGUGGUAAGUACUGGAUCAUUGAAUACCGACGUCCGACGAUCUCCGCUCCUAUACGCAAUUUUUGUGCGGGGUCCAACAAGAACUAGCUGGCACCAUGGUCCAUCAACUGCAAAACAAUGAGACAAGUAGCAAACACUGCCGUCCGUUCAAGAUCGACGCGGUGAUCCGAGGCUGUAUCACUCGCCCGUAUUUAAACUCCUGACACGUCGGGGCACCCCGAUAUUCUAACUUACAGCGCUCUCAGACCACCUCAAGCACACAUCCUAAUCUAAUACACAACCAUCAUGACAACCCCAAUGAUCGACGCACACUCUCCAGCGAUUGACUUUCCUCUGGAGAUCCUUCAAGAGAUUUUUCUCCACUACCGCGACCUCGUCCAUGGGCUCUCGCAGGGCAAGCCGCACGGUCGUCAGAACGUGCGCCCCCUGAAAUACAGUUCGGGGUACGACUGGAUCGCCGUCUCGCACGUCUGUCGCAGGUGGCGUGCCGGAGUCGUUCACUGUCCUCCACUUUGGACGCAUCUUGCCGUGACGCGCAGCGCGGAAUGGAUGUCAGAGGUCCUCGCACGCUCGGGCAACAUGCUUCUCCACGUUACCGCUGAGCUCGGCACGACGCUCGGUGGCAACAAGACGCAAGCGUUUCGGACGAUUCUGGCCCAGCUACACCGUAUCGGUUCACUUCAUAUCUCUGGUGCAGUCGGCGACGAGAUCCUUCCGCUGCUUGCAAACUCUGCGCCGAGGCUGAAGCGGCUCGUUCUCGACCACGUCGCAUUACCAACCCCGGCUGACCUCAAGAACUGCGAUGACGCCUACACCUACUUUCCGUACUUCCUUCAGCGCGACCUGACACCACGCUUGGAACACCUGGAGCUCGAUGCGUUCCAGCCUCAGUUCCAGGGCCCCUGCGCGGAUUCGCUCAAGCGCCUCGUCUUCUGCCACCGCGUCGCAGACAUGUUUAUGGGCAUGCGCUACACCGGCCCGUGUCUGCGCGGUCUUCUCGACGCGCUGCAGAACAUGCCCUCUCUUGAGUCUGUCGCGUUCGACAAGGAGGCGCAUGUGACACUGAACCCCGCCGCUGAGGCGGAGCUUCAGGCCAGCCUCCCCGACGUCGUCUUGCCGCACCUGCGCUCCAUGUACGUCCACGCAACCGCCGAAGAAUCCGUCGCGCUCCUCGACCACCUCUCGCUCCCCGCCUUAGCUAACAUCACCCUCUCCUGCGCGCGCAACAGCACCGAGUAUCCCGAGACGCUCCCCGUUGCGCUCGUACACACACUCGAGACACUCCCCGAGACUCGUGCCCUCCACCUCGCGCGGUUCACUGGAACUGGGUUCCACCGCUACAUGUGCUUCACAGGCUACGCGGCACUCGCGUCCGGGUCUGCGCCGGUGCCGACGUUCGACAUCAUGGUCGAUCGGGGCUACGGUCGCGAGGAGAUCGUGCCGAGCGUAUGUCAGGCGCUCCCGCUGCAGGCCGUGCGCGAGUUGACGAUCGACAGCCAGGAGGACAUGUCCGAAUCGGCGUGGCUCGCGCUCCUGGGUGCCCUGCCGAACCUCGCCAGCAUCGCCGUCGCGGGCUCGUUCGCGCCGUAUAAGCUGCGGGACGUGCGCAUGCGCUUGGAGGGUAUCAAGGGUAUGCAGGUGCUUACUGAGGACUCACCAACGUGCCGCAGCAUCCCGUCUUUGCGGACGGUGGAACUGAGGACGGCUUAAGGGUUUCUGGCACGGGGGAAUAACGUGCUCAACCACGACAACGAAUGCUUGGAGGCUGAAGCCCUGACGAUUCAGGCGAACCUGGCGUGAUGUCGCAACCGCAGCGAUGAUCACUAUACUACUCACGAAUGUAACGCGGCACGGACCCUUGGACUGCUCGUAUUUUAGCUCCUCUGAAUAGUUGUUUGUUCUCAUCUUUUGUGGGAUGGACUGGCGUACGCCUGAGCCGUAGGUACGUACUAUACAUACUGUACAGUGUCGCCUUUACUUGUGUUCCUACCCUG